AGGAGCCGAGAGGCGGCGCGGAGGCUCGCGGCGGAGCACAGCCUGCUUCUGUCGGCGCACGGGCAGCUGCGGCUCGGGGACUGCCGGACGGAGCCAGGGCCGGGAGCCGCUCGGGGCAGGCUCGGGAGAGCGGGCCCCGCCAUGAGGCCCCAGCCCCGCAGGAGCCCCUGUGCUCCCCCGGCCCCCGGCGCACCGCGCUAGCCCCCAGCCAGGGCAAGGGGAGGCGCCGUGGCCAUGGCCAGCCACGUGGACCUGCUGACGGAGCUGCAGCUGUUGGAGAAGGUGCCCACGCUGGAGCGGCUGCGUGCCGCCCAGAAGCGCCGGGCCCAGCAGCUGAAGAAGUGGGCCCAGUACGAGCAGGACCUGCAGCACCGCAAGCGCAAGCAUGAGCGGAAGCGCAGUGGCGGCGGCCGGAGGAAGAAGGUGACCUUUGAGGCCAGUGUGGCCCUGCUGGAGGCCUCAUUGAGGAACGACACCGACGAAGUACGCUACUUCCUGAAGAAUAAGGUCAGCCCUGAUUUGUGCAAUGAGGAUGGACUCACAGCUCUGCACCAGUGCUGCAUCGACAACUUUGAGGAAAUCGUCAAGCUGCUCCUUUCCCACGGUGCCAACGUGAAUGCCAAGGACAAUGAGCUGUGGACACCGCUGCACGCUGCGGCCACCUGUGGCCACAUCAACCUGGUGAAAAUCCUCGUUCAGUAUGGGGCUGACCUGCUCGCUGUCAACUCUGAUGGAAACAUGCCGUAUGACCUCUGCGAGGAUGAACCCACCCUGGAUGUCAUCGAGACGUGCAUGGCUUACCAGGGCAUCACGCAGGAGAAAAUCAACGAAAUGCGGGCAGCUCCUGAGCAGCAGAUGAUUGCGGAUAUCCAUUGUAUGAUUGCAGCAGGCCAGGACCUUGACUGGGUAGAUGCCCAGGGUGCCACACUGCUGCAUAUAGCUGGAGCCAGUGGGUACCUGCGGGCAGCAGAGCUUCUCCUGGACCAUGGAGUGCGCGUGGACGUGAAGGACUGGGAUGGCUGGGAGCCCCUGCACGCGGCUGCAUUCUGGGGACAGAUGCAAAUGGCAGAACUGUUGGUGUCGCAUGGGGCCAGUCUCAGUGCCAGGACAUCCAUGGAUGAGAUGCCAAUAGACCUGUGUGAGGAGGAGGAGUUCAAGGUCCUGCUGCUGGAGCUAAAACACAAGCAUGACGUGAUCAUGAAGUCACAGCUGAGGCACAAGUCGUCUUUGAGCCGGAGGACGUCCAGCGCGGGCAGCCGUGGGAAGGUGGUGCGUCGGGCCAGCCUGUCAGACAGAACCAACCUGUACAGGAAGGAGUACGAGGGAGAGGCCAUCCUGUGGCAGCAGCGGAGUGCCGCCGAGGAGCAACGGACUUCAGCCUACAACGGGGACAUCCGGGAGGCCAGGACAGACCAAGAGAAUAAGGACCCAAACCCCCGGCUGGAGAAGCCCGUGCUGCUCUCUGAGUUUUCUACCAAGAUCCCACGCAGUGAAAUGGACGGGCCUGUUGAGAAUGGCCUCCGGGCUCCGGUCAGUGCCUACCAGUAUGCACUAUCCAAUGGGGACGUCUGGAAAGUGCAUGAGGUGCCUGACUACAACCUGGCCUAUGGCAGCCCUGGUGUGGCUGAUGCUACCCCACCCUGGAGUGGCUACAAGGAGCAGAGCCCCCAGACGCUUCUGGAGCUGAAGCGGCAGCGGGCUGCAGCCAAGCUGCUCAGCCAUCCCUUCCUGAGCACCCACCUGGGCAGCAGCAUGGCCAGGACGGGCGAGGGAAGCAGCGAAGGCAAGGCCCCCUUAAUUGGAGGCAGAACUUCACCAUACAGCAGCAAUGGGACCUCCGUGUAUUACACAGUCACCAGUGGGGAUCCCCCGCUCUUGAAGUUCAAGGCCCCCAUGGAGGAGAUGGAAGAGAAGGUCCACGGCUGCUGCCGCAUCUCCUAGUAUCCAUGGGAGGGAGGGAAAGAGAUGCUUCAGGGAGGGGUCCCUGGAGUCCAGGCCAGCCCAGCAGCCCUGGCUGGGGAGGCAUCAGAGGGCAGCUUGGGGGAGGUGGGCUCUGCCUUCCCGAGGAGCUCUGACUCCACAUCUCAUCCAGCUGCCUAUAGGAUCACCAUUUCCCGUGGGGGAGGUGGGCUCUGCCUUCCCGAGGAGCUCUGACUCCAUGUCUCAUCCAGCUGCCUAUAGGAUCACCAUUUCCCGCGGCUCUGCUUCCUGCUGCAUUGUCUGCUGUCCGAAACAAGGCCCCUAGUGACGUCCUGACUCACCCUGCUGUCAGAUUUGGGGAAGACGGGCUGGGAUUCCAGUUCUGUGGUUGGUAAAGGCUUCUCUGGACCAGUAUCCACAUGUCGCAUAUCAACACACACACAUUCACACUCAAUCAACAUGUGUAGAAAUGGCACAGCUGGCCUCAUGGGAAGCAGGUGGGACAGAGAAUCUGUGGGCUUUUCCCAAGAAGAUUGAAAUUAAGACCCAGAGUUUCAUCAGCGCUGCCAAUGUGGCUUUAGCAGGGGUGGAACCUGCUAAGCUGAGACCCAUAGUCCUGCCAUGCCAUCCACAUCUAGCAGGAACGGGAGGUCCUCUCUGUUCAGAGGGAGCUGUGAACCCAUGUAGGGUAGAUGAUGCAGGCAUAGGCCUGCUGCCCCAGCCUUGCCCAGGCAGGAGCCAGCUGUGCGACUGCCCAGGGGCUCAGGUGGAAAACCAGGCUGUUCUAUUCCUGGAUAAUCCAAAUCACAUUCUGCUCUUAGACAGAAGUAUCAGAAGGUGGAGGGGAGGGGGGACAAAGUUAGCACUUCCCAAAGUGUAUUUGAUAAGAGUUAGGUUAUAAAACCCUAGGUAGGAGGGAACUGAACUUGCUUUCUUCCAUAGAUAACAUCAUGGCCACUAGAUUUUAUUCACUGUUUUUGGAAAAAUGAAGCUAAGUGAGGAACUUCAGUUAGAGGGGCUUUUCCAAGGAGAGGGGUGAAUUCAUGUUGUUAAUUUCUGCAAACAUGUCUGGUAACCAUGACAGAGCCCAGUGCCCUGGCCGAUCUUUGUGAGUAUUUAGACAGUCUGGCCUGUGUCAGCCAGCCUUCCUCAGACUGAGCCAUCAGUGAAUAGCGAGGGGCUACCGGGGCACCCACCACUCCAAGAGUGAAUGCUCAGGACCCCUGCCCGGCUUUGCCUGUUCUGGGAUGCUCGGUGAGAACAGUUUGCCGGUUGGCCCUUGUGAGUUUCUUCCUGACCCAGGAGUUGCCCAGCUUGCUCACGCCUGAGGCAGUGACACCCCAUGGCUCCACACCCAAGGUGACCACGGCCAGCAUCCUGCAGUGUAUUCUGGAGUUGGUCUCACCCCAGCUCAACAAUUUCACAGCCCCAGUCUCCCUGAUGCUGCUGGGGCGGGGGGGUUGGGAGGACCACAAGAGGCAGGCUGCCUGCCACCUGCCCACUGCGUUCUCUCAUGAGCCCCUUAGAAAUUGUUCCCUGGGAGUUGGGUGCUGUCUACAGGCUCAGCCAAAACCUAUUGGUAUAACUAACAAGGUACAGGUUUGUUCCAGACUCUGUGCACCUUUGAUUUGUCCUAAAACUACCUCUUUAGAGCUCUGAAGGGGCCCCCUAGGUCCAGAUUCUGGGGAUUGGGGGAGAAAUCUGGCUUCCUUUUAAUCCUCUUCUUUCUGAGCCUAUGACCAGUUUUCCCUGGGGGUACCUGGGCCAGGGAGCUGGGGCUGGAGGAACCCCACCUUGUGCCACAUUCUGGUAAUGGGGCCCGCUGUUUAUCAGCUCCAGUCCCCACUGUGGCCCCCAUGGCCCCCCCUGCCCAGAGAAGGAUUUGGAGUCCAAGGGGCCUACCCAGGAGCAGGGCAGCCGGGCCAGAGAGCAGAGCGCUCAGGGGAGUCUCUCUGCUCCUGGUGGCUCCUGGAUACAGGGAGGGUCACAGUACCCAGCCACCCCCACCCCAACUCCAGGACAGAUCUGGUCCAGGGUAGAGGGGCAGCUCAGGAGAUGGCAGACAGGUGUGAGUGAAGCCGCUCACAUCCCUGGAGCCUGGGGUGGGCCUUCCAUCAUCUCAGCCUGCUGGUUGGAGCAGGGCGGGGGUGAUCCAAAACCCACAUAUUUUGGCUUUAAAACUGUUCAGAUCAGACCGACACUGAAAUUCCUCUUGAGCUGACUUUAGCUGCAAGCAGGGGAGGGCCUAGAGAAGCCAGACGCUCUGAGGAGAGGGCUGUGCAGGGCUUUCCAUCUGUUUGCUCAGGGUCCAGAGACUGUCUGGCAUUGAUUGCUUACUCUGAGCCCUUCUGGCCAUUCCCUCCUUUCCUCUUCCUGCUGCUUGGGACAUUCCUUUACCACCCAGCAGGCUGGGAAUCCUAGCUGAUUCCCCGAUGGGAGCCAACUGCAAACGUCUGGGCAUUAGCUCUCAGUUCAGUCAGGGAUAAGCCAUUCCCCCUUAGGACAUCAAGUAUCUGGGGAGCUUUCCCUAUGGGUCUCCUUGGUGUGAAGGGACAAGCUGGGGCCAGGGUCAUUCAUUUAUUCACUCAUGUUCAUUAUUGAGUAGCUGCAACAUAUCAGGCACUGUCUUAGGUUCUGGGGAUAAAGGACCGAGAUAGAGUGAGGAGGCUGCUCUUUACAGUGUUUUUCCCUUGAGGACCAUGAAUAUCAGCAGCCUCAUUCAAUUUGCCUGAAACAGAGUGACUGGUUCCUGGCCAGAAUCCCUUUGCUUUUUAGUUCCUAGAAUCCCUACACCUGAGAAACUAUUGUCAUGGCCACCUGUGGAUAACAUUUGCCACUGAAUGCAGGUGCUGGAUCUUGAAUUCCAAGCAGACACCAUCCCAAGUCCUUCAGGAACUUUCAGGAAUAGCUAGCUGCCUUCAAGCCGGCGUCUAUGGGGCACUAUAAAAUAGUUUGAGGUCAGUGUCUAGAAGAACAAGGAGUCUGUCUGCACUUUGCUGCCAAAUGCAUCUCAGGUUCUUAAAUUCAUUGUCUCUUACUCAUUUUUGCUCAUUUAUUAGGUAGUUCUUCUCCCCCACCAAUGGAUAAUGGGAGGAAAAGGAGCUUCUUCUUUAACAUCAAAGCCUUUCUUCAGGAGUCGGCCUCUCUUCCCAGCAGGUGUGGAUCUAGGAGUUGGAAGAAAGCUGGCAAGGUAGACCAGAUGCCCAGCUCCCACUGAGACCCAGGUCUGGUGGCAGUUCCUGACAGAUUAAAGGAGGCUACUUCUAAAGCAUGUGCCACAUGGCUCAUUGUGACCUCUGGCCCUUGCUUCCAAUUUUUGCCCCAGACAACUGAAAGUUGGUGGCUAUCACUAGUUAGUGAGUUUCUGGCCAGUGGCUCAGGGAAGCUGAAUCAACUCUAGAUGCAAGCCUACUGAAGACGAUAGGAUGUAAUUCUUUAAAUAUCGCAGCUUUGAUGAAACUGUUCUGUGCUGUUUGAUCAUUGUCAAUGGGCUUAGAAAAGUUAACAAGUGUGUGUCCCCUGUCCUACCCUACCACCGUUUCCUGGCUUUGUAAUAACAUGAGAGCGUUUUGGUUAUUGGUGUCAGACACCGUUUGAUCUUGAGCUUUCUCUUUCACUUGCUUUCCCAGAACAGGACACUGGGGCACUUCCAGGAGUGCGCUUCUUAUAAGAUGCUCAGAAGGACUGUAUUUAAUUCUUGCUAUUGUAGCCUGGAGACAGCCUCCCUUCCCCCAGGGAACAUAAGAGCAAAGGGUCACAUGGUCAGUGGGUGGUUCCGCAGAAGUGACCCUCUUUGCCAGAAGCUAUAGCCCUCUCCACGCUAGAAGUUUCUUAUUGGCCAGUUGGUCAGAGGGCCUGCUUCCCACAGGCAUUGCAAGUGCCACUGUGCGGGGCCUGGCUCUGCACACCCAGGAAAAGUUUGCAGACCCCCAGCCCUCCGCAAUAAUUCACCAGACCAGAAGCCACUGAUGUACAGAGAACACUUAAGAAAAAUGUAUUUUAUGUGAAAAAAAGUUAAAACUCUGUAUACUGUAUCAGCAGCUUUGUGUAAAAAUGGCAAUCAAGAGAGUCUAAUAUAUUUAAAACCUUUUUUAAAAAAAUUCUUGCUGAUCUUUGAUAUUGUAUUGAAGUAACUUCCAGGUAGCUUCCUGCCACAUGGCAGUGGUGGGCCAUGUGUCCAAGACCACGGCUCAUCCACAUCCCAAAGGGGCACAUCCCUGGUGUUGCUUCCAGCUGCCAAGGCCUGUGACGGAAUUCGCUGUUAAGAGUUUUUAAUUAAGAUUAUUAAAUUCCUUUUAAUAACA